CAUGAUUUAGCCCGAGUCUAUGGCGUUAACCGAAGUACCGAUACAUGCUACAGCAUCUGAGUGAGUCCCAGAUUCCUAAUGCGCCCCACCUAGCACUUGCUGUAAGUAAGUAGGUACAGCGGGUCGGUCCAGCUACCGGUCCCAACCUAGCAAUUGGGGCUUUUGCCAGCUCGAAAAGUCAAGGCUACAAUUUUCAAGGGUCCUUUGGAUUUUAUAUCUCCUCCACACACUCAUGCCAGAUCAACGGACAUGACGGCGGAAAGCCCACUUUCGGAGCUCUUUAUACGUCUGCCUGGAGGGUGAUUUAGGUAGCAGAUCAAUCAAGGAUCCGACUCUUCUAUCUCGUUGCGCCUUGCGCCAACUAACACGAUGGACACCGAUGACGGCUCCCUUCCACAGCUGCCUGGCGCUGCCAUAGAAAAGCUGCCGCCUAUCCCCAAGGGGGCCACGGUUCGUAGACGCCCAAUUCCCUCCGGACCCGUACCAUCUACAAACUCAGCUCGCCGCAUACACGUAACAGCGAAAACACCAUUUCGAUCCGUGACCACUCGAGUUCGCAAACAGCUUGACAGGUACCUGCGCCAAUCGGCCGACUCGCGGAGUACCUUUACAAACAAGCUAUCUCAGAAAAAGAACGCGUCACUAAGCGAACGUGUGCGUCGUAUCCAAGACCAAUCCCAGAAUGCCUCUACUGGCGGUCUUGGGCUUGGGCUUGAGAACUCUGGUCAAGUAAUCGUGCUAGGCACUGGACGUGCAAUUCAGAAAGUCACCGAAGUUGCGUUGUUCUUCCAGAAACAGCCGGAUUGCGUGGUCCAAUUGCGUACAGGGAGCGUGGCUGUUGUCGACGAGGUUCUCUCCAAAGAAGAAGACGGUCUCGAAGGCGAUGUGACUGAGAGGGGCAGGAUGAUGAGCUCACUCGAAGUUUUAAUUAGACUUCGAUAAUGCGUUUCCUCACAAUAUACAAUGCCUCCGGUAUCAUGUUUACUGGACCUCCAAGUACGUCCAUGAGCUUCUCCUGGGAUUCGCAUCAGAUGUUGUAACCAAGAACCUAUCGAUCAUGAGGGGUCUAUCUGUACACCAGUUAGCGCCCGCAGCUAA